AUGCCUGCUGUAUCUCCCGCAACUGUCCCACAAUCUCAUUUGACAGAAUUCCCACUAUUUUCAACGAAUACUUCAUCACUUAACCUACCAUCAGUUGUUAGAAGCAACGGUUUUGUUGAAGUAGCGAAAUCAUCCGUGAAUCUAGUUCGAAAUUUGGCACCAGUAGCACAGCCUCUUUCAACACCAACGACCCCCUUAGUACUGCUGAUGAUGCAAGCAGUAAAUCACUUCCUUUCUCCACCUUUAUUCCCAGUAGCCACACCGGUACAGGUUGGAGUCCCUGUUUCUAUUGAUAUGACACCAGUUUUUUCAGUACCUUCAUCAUUCUCACAAAUAUCUCGAUUAGAUCUGGUCAGAUUUCAGGAAGGUGAUAUGUGAUUCUUGGGUUCAAGAUAUUUAUGUAUCAGAAGAUAAUGGAGUGAAUGGAAAGCAGUUAGUUAUUCUAAAAUAUAUGGGAUGCUUGCAUCACAAUGAGAGUAUUGAUGCCGAUGAAAGUACUAACGAUUAUUUGCAAAGAUUGUUUACUUUGUGA